AUGUCGAAUGCAAAGGACACACACGUAAGUGGCAGCGACACGGAGGAUGGCGAAGUGAUCAGUGGUGCAGAAAGUGGCCGUGGUGGAAAAACUGAGGGUAGCUAUGAGGAGUGUGGGCGUAAAGGCACAGAUACGGAGAAGGGAAGGUCUGGAGAUAGUCAUACGGAUACAUACCGGGAGAGGGAAGCUGUGGGGGGGUUAGGGAGUGUAGUGGGUGGCGACAGGGAACGAGAGUUGAAGAUGGAGUACUUUGAGAAGCGGCGGCUAAAGGAGUUGCUCGAGCGCAAGAGCAAGGAGGAGAGCAAACGAGAGAAUAAGCGAGAGCGCAAGCACAGUCGCAGCGGUAGGGAUAAGGACGGGGAUAAGGAGAGGGGCAGAGAUGGGCACCGGGACAGAGAUGGCGACAAGUAUCGAGAGAAAGGGGAUGCACACGCACACGCACAUGCAUAUUUUGAACGGAAGGAUAGUGAACGUGGUGAGGAGAGAGAUGGCAAGCGUGCAAGCGGCCGGGACACGACACGCGAGCAUAGGCAUCGACGAGAGAGCGAUGAUAAGCACAGCAGUCGCAGGGAUAGGGACGGCGACAAGGAUCAUGAUAAAGAUAAGGAGAGGCACAAGCAUAAGAAGGGGUCGUCUCGGUCGGGCAAGCGGAAGUCCAAGCGCAAGGGAAGCAAGCGUAGACGAGAGUCUAGGCAUUCCAGCUCAGGCCAUAGCGAGAGUGACCCAGACGUGUGCGUGCAGCUGGUGGUGUAUGGCUCGGACGAGGACGCGAGUGCGAGCGACGGUGCGGCGAAGAAGAAAACGAAGGACAAGGAGGAUGAAGUGGAGGAUGGUACCUUAGACGAGGUCAAAAGGAACGGACAUGUCGAGAAGGGGAGUUCAGACACGCACAAAGGAGAUGGCAAACGACACGAAAGCGAUCCAGAGACACCCGAGAGUGCUGGGGAAGUACACGAUAGCGCGACUCGCGAUAGGUCGGUGCACCCUCACGCGGAAGUGAGUGGUGUGGCGCCACCGACGGACGAUGACAACAGUACGGAUAAGGGUGUGCGUGUACGCAAUGGACACACCCGCGAGGAAGGUGAACAGCGUAGUGGGAGUGAGGGGGGGGUGAGUGAUGCUGAUGAUGCUGUGGUGGUGAAUGCUUCCAGCGAUAGUGAGCAGAAGGGCAGUACGUCUAGUCCGAGCGUGGCAGCGGUGAAGGACAUGGAGCCUGGUAGUAAGGAGAAUGGAACGGAUCGAAAGUGCACGAGCACACGAGAGAAGAGUAGAUCUGAGAGCACGCGGAAGAAGAGUACUUAUGGGAGUACUCGGGAGAAGAGCAAAGACGAGCGGAAGCACCGCACGCGGGAGGAGAAGGAUAGAGAACGAAGGGGGAUAAAGUCGAGCAAGACCGAGGAUACACACGAAAGCAGGGAUGCACGCAAGAGCAGCAGAGACGAGGGGGCGGUGAGUAAGAAAGACCGAGACAUGGACGAGCGUGUGGCGGAUAGCAAGGGUAACCGUGUGCGCGAUAGCAGUCGUGGCAGAGGUGAAGGGGUGAGUAGGGCGGCUGAAAAGGGACGAGAGCGUAGUCGCACGCGCGAACGGGAUGGCCGCGGAGAGGAUAGACAGAGAGACACGGAGAAGGUAACCGGGCGGGAUGGGGAGUGGGAAGCUACAGACGAGAAGGACAGGGACAAGACGCGCAACCGGGAGAGCAAGACGAGAGAUCGGGAGAGUAAGACGAGAGAUCGGAGGAGUAGAUCCAGAGACAAAAAGAGUAGAUCCAGAGGUCGAGAGAGUAAAGCCAGAGAGAGCGAGAGUAAGGCGCGAGACGUGGAGAGAGAUGGCCGUAGCAGAAACGAUAACUACCGCGAGAAAGAGCGUGAACGCGAACGCGAACGCGAACGAGAAAAAGGGCGAGAGAGAGACAGAGUGCGCGACAGGGACAGAGGUCGGGAUAGAGAUAGGGAUAGGGGUGCGUACAGAGGCGGCUCAUAUAGAGACAGGAAUAAAGAUGGACGAGACUGGCGGGAUGGGCGUAGGAGAGACCGAUCACGGUCACCCGUCAAGGAGAAAGUGAAGGAGGAGUCCAAGGAGGAGUCCAAGGAGGAGGUAGCUGCGUAUAUCAAGAAGGUGGAGGCUGCUUUGGAGGAAGAAAGCGAGGACGAAGACGCGCUGAUUGAGCGCCGUCGUCGAGAACGUCAGGAGCGGAUGGCGAAGUUAUUAGUUGAGAAAGCAGCGCCCACUGUGCCAUCGUUGUCGACCGAAGAAAACGUACCCAACUCGGGAGUAGUCGUACCCGGUAGUGCAGAAAACGGACAUACCUCGGGAAUAGUCGUACCCGGCGGUGCGGAAAACGUACCCGAUUCCGGUACACACGAAAGUAUAUCCAAUGAACACGUGUCGGAUGUGACUGCAAGUGAACGCGAGUCUGUAGCAAUCUCAGACACGGAUACUACUACGACCAACACGACAUAUACGACAAGUGAAGUCUCAACGACGACACUGAAGCGAAAGCUAUCCGACUCUGCGGAGAGUGACCGCAAAGAGCCCAAGAAUGUCUUCAGCAAUCAGAGCACCAUCUGA